AUGUCCAAAAGGUUUUAUCCACAAACAAAUGGGGAACGUAAAAAAGCAAAACUUGAUAUUAGUAUAUCAGAUCAUAACUUCCCACUGAGUCAAAACAAUGAAUUCAACCAAGUUACCAACAAUGAUGACAACUGGGGAGAUGACAAUGAUGACGAGAUCCUGCUGCUCGCCAGCCAAGCGUGCGAGGAGGCAUACAACAGCAAUGACAUCAGUCAGCUGCCAGACUAUAGUAUGUGUAUGCAACCUGGCUCAACAAGUACGCAACUUAGUUUACAACCUACCCCAAGCACAUCUAAAACCGAAUUUUCAUUCAAAAAACCGUCAUUCAACCGGCCCUCUGCUAUAUCAACCCACCUGAAAGAGAAAUGCAACAGAAUAUCUUCACCAUUACCUGGUAUCUCAUCCAAAGUUAUACCUAAGACAAAUGGACAAGUAAACAUGUCUGAUGAAUUGAUAUUUAGUGAUAAAGUGUUCAAGAGCCAUGAUUCAGAUCAAGUUUACCGGCAACUACUGCAGAUGCAGGAGGAGAAUGCUAAACUGAAGUCAGAGAAUGGAAAGUUAUUGGAGAAGUGUGUAACUAAAGAAGGGGAGGCUUCUAUACUCCGGACACAGUUGAAGAGUUGCCAGGCGGCUGUGGAUAAUGCCAGGCUAGAGAAGAUCAAAGCUCAAGAGAAAGUGCAGAUGGAAUGGAAUGAGAAACUCACUGCAGCUAACAAACAAAUGCAUGAUUUGAGGACACAGUUAGAUUUUAAGAAUCUCGAGAUAAUAAGUGUCAAAGAGAAGUGCAAGAAGCUGGAGUCUUCGAAAAUAAAACUGACACAAGUUACUGUUACUGGAAAUGAUAUAUCACAAAGGCACUACAAUAACUUAACACAGAAUGAUACACUGGUACACCAGACCAAGAGAGUGAAGACCACAUCCAAUGCCGUGCAGACUGAAGGGAAUGCUCACAUGCUGAAACUGAGCAAGACAUGUAAACUAGAGUCAAAAACGAACACCUCAAUUCUUCCAUACAUACUGGAACCGUCCACAACGCAGCAUCAUUCCAUUCUGGACUAUAACGAGAAACUGCAGAAGACCACAGAUUUAUCUCAGAAUAAGUGCAGGAUAUACAGUACAUUUCACCGUCUGCCUUCUACUCCAGUGCUGAAGGAGACAGGGAAGACUAAAGUUAUGAUGAACAGCAUCUACGAAGAUGUUGCUUGUGUGUUCACUGGGAAUGGUGAGAGGAUUGAAGAUAGGUACUUUAAUAUCUUCAGCUCAGUUAAAUCAAUCCUGAAUGAAACUCGCAGCCGGCUGGAGACGGUCUGCCAGCGCGUGACUACCGCCUUCCAGAAGGAGAUGGAUGAGAAGUACAUGGAGGUCACUGCCACAUAUCAGUAUGUUAGUAGAGAAGAGCUGCUGAGAGGCAGUCCGCUCUACAAAGAAGAACAAGAGAUUCAAUCAAGAAGGAUAGUAGCCCUACUGUCAUACGUACUGGAAACUUCAGCAGGGGUGCACUGGUUCUUCAAACAUGAACAGUUGAGAGACGAGGGUACACAGAAGACAGGACAGUUUGUCGAUGUUAUCUAUAGGAUAUGUGCGCUACUUGAUAAUGCUUCAUGCGCAACACUAUACAGCGGACUUCUACUAGCAAUAACCAAUGUACUACAAGUUCUAACAUCGUCUGACAUCAGCAAGACGAAAGUUUUAGACAUUAUAAAGAUUAUACUGACGUCCAGGCCACUACCGUUUGUGGUGACACAUGUACUAAGCUUGUUGAGCAUGGUGGCCUUAUGGGACGAUUUUACGAAGACUUUCUGCCCUGGUAAUGGUAUGGGGAAUCUAAAGACUGACUACGAUCAAGGUGUUUUGCUGUAUAAGAAAGACUCAUGUUUCAUCCAAGUACUUCUAAAACAAAUAGAGAUGUGUCUGAAAUGUAUGGAGAGACAGAAGCUGGCGGACAGAGUGGUGGACGCCGCACAGAACUUGAUCAUGCUCUACACUCAGGGCACUGAUACUACCACGUGCAGCUUCGCAAGAGGGAACUCCAGGUGCGACUGCCAGCUAGUACUGGUACAGGUGAUAGUGUACGCUCUACGCAUAUGUGCUGUGAUGUUACAUAGUUUAAGAAAUAAUUCUAUAGACGAUAGUAGCGAGGAUCUAGUCUCGGUGUGUCGGUGUGGGAUACAGUUGUUAUACCAGUGUGCAGUAAGGGAUGUGGAGUUCAGUGCCCAGCUCGCGCACAAUGAGGGACAUCUCAUCGAGUUCUGUGAACUCAUGAGGAGUUUUGAUCAUAGUGAAGCAUAUGCCAACAUGCUGUCAGAGCUCGCCAGCACCCUUCAGUCGACUCCAGAAGAUAUGCCGCCAUCAUUCCAUAAACAACCUUGGCUGAAGAGCUUCGAAUCCUUCUCUUUGGUCGACUAA